GCUAUCGAUCUUCUGAAGAAUGUUCAAGUGCAAGCAAUUAUCGGGCCACAAACAUCAACCCAGGCUAAGUUUGUAAUUGAACUUGGAGACAAAACUCAGGUUCCAAUCAUAUCUUUCUCAGCAAGGAGCCCAGCUCUUUCUAGCCAGACUUCAUACUUCAUUCGCACUGCAUGGAGUGACUCCUCUCAAGCAAAAGUUAUUGCUUCUAUUGUUCAAGCCUUCAAAUGGAGGGAAGUUGUUCCUAUCUUUGAAGACAGUGACUAUGGUAAUGGAAUUGUACCUUAUCUUGUUGAUGCCUUCCAAGAAAUUGGUGCUCAUGUCCCAUAUAGGAGCAAAAUCCCUGUUUCAGCUACCAAGGACAAAAUUUUAAAUGAGCUCUACGAGUUGAAAGACAAACAGACAAGGGUCUUUGUUGUGCACAUGACAUAUUCUCUGGGCCUCCAGCUAUUUUCAAGUGCAAAUGAAGCUGGAAUGAUGAAAGAAGGGUAUGUCUGGAUCACAACAUAUGGCUUAACGGAUAUUGUGGAUCUAAAUGGUUCAUCAGCCAUCAGUGUGAUGAAAGGUGUGUUGGGUGUAAAACCUUAUGUUAGUGAAACUAAAAGGCUCCGUGAUUUCAAGAUGAGGUGGAGAAAGAAAUAUUAUCAGGAAGAUCCAAAUGCUAAAGUAAGUGAGCCCACCACUUUUGGUUUAUGGGCUUAUGACACGGUGUGGUCACUUGCCGCUGCAGCACAGGGUCUCAACAGUACAAACUAUACAACUCAAGAGUCUGAUGUCUAUAAUAGCUCAACUGACUUGGCAACACUUGGAUCAUCUCUUACUGGCACAAAUCUGCGCGAUCGGAUAAUAAACAGCAAUUUUAGUGGCAUAAGUGGGAAAUUUCAUUUGAUUGAUGGCCAGUUAGAUUCCAGUGCCUUUGAGAUAAUUAAUGUACUCGGACAUGGUGAGAGAAGGGUUGGGUUUUGGACUCCAGCAUUCAACCUUUCUGGGCAUAUGGAUAUGAAGGCUGAUCUUCAAUCCAUAAAAUGGCCUGGUGGCAAUAAGGCUGCGCCUAAGGGAUGGGAGUGGCCAACAAGUGGGAAAUGGCUCAGAAUUGGAGUUCCAGUAAAACCUGGGUUUUCCCAAUUUGUUAAACUCGAAAAGGAUAAUAAAACUAUUGGCAGAUCUUACUGCACAGAAGUAUUUGAUGCUGUAAUGAAAAAACUACCGUAUCAUGUCCCUUACAAAUAUGUGGCCUAUGUGGAUGCCAAGGGAGAGAGCAACGGGACAUAUGAUGAUCUUGUUUACCAGGUCUAUCUUGAGAACUUUGAUGCUGUGGUGGGUGAUGUGACAAUCAUAGCCAAUCGAUCUUUAUAUGUGGAUUUCACAUUGCCAUACACUGAAUCAGGGGUGUCCAUGCUCGUACCUAUUAAGGACAAGCGCCAUAAAAGUGCAUGGACUUUCUUGGAACCAUUGACUACUGAUCUUUGGUUGGCAAGUGGUGCUUUCUUUGUCUUCACAGGGUUUGUGGUGUGGUUUCUUGAACACCGGAUCAAUAAUGAGUUUAGAGGUUCUCGUGCACGUCAACUUGGUACUAUCUUCUAUUUCUCCUUUUCGACGCUUGUCUUUGCACAUAGGGAGAAGGUGGCAAGCAACUUGUCUAGGGUUGUGGUGAUCAUUUGGGUGUUUGUUGUUCUCAUACUUCAGCAAAGUUACACUGCCAGCUUAACCUCCAUGCUCACAAUGCAACAACUUGAGCCAACUGUCACCGAUCUAGAUGAGCUUAUUCGAAACGGGAACUAUGUUGGAUACUUGAAUGACUCUUUCAUGCCUGGGCUUUUGAGGCGGUUGAAUUUCAAUGAGUCAAGGAUUAUAGCUUACAACUCUCCCAAGGAGUAUCAUGAUGCCAUGUCCAAUGGAACUGUUGCAGCCAUUGUUGAUGAGAUACCUUACAUCAAAGUAUUCCUCUCCAUGUACUGUAACAAGUAUGCCAUGGUUGGACGUACCUACAAGACUGAUGGAUUUGGAUUUGUCUUCCCGAAGGGUUCGCCUUUGGUUGCUGAUGUAUCGAGGGCAAUUCUAGAUGUAACAGAGAAUGGUAACAUGACUGAUAUUGAGAAAAUAUUAUAUGGGGAUGGAAACUGUCUUAACCAAAGCGAUACAACAAUCACUUCAAAUGGUCUUACGUUGAAUAGCUUUUGGGGUCUAUUCCUCGUCACUGGAGCUGCCACUCUUUGUGCCUUAGUUCUUCAUUUGGGUGGCUUUCUUUAUGAACAUCGAAAGAUAUUGAGAACUUGUGAUUCAGAGAACUCUUUACGUCAGAAGCUUGCUCUCUUGGCUAAACUCUACGAUCAAGCAGAUCCAUCCCUGCAUGGACCAAAGAAGACAGGAGCCAGAGAUGAACAGGUAAUAAAUGAUAUUGUGGCUUCACUUCAUAAUAACAGCGUACUGCGAAGCCCAUCAAGCAUCUCCAAUUAUGGACAUGGAAACUUUGGGCCUGAGGAUGAUAUGGGAACCCCACCAGAGGAACCAGGAACUCCAGGUAGAGAGGUUGCUAGUCAUAAUCCAGAUCCUCCAUCAUUUGCAGAGAUGCUUAAUGAGAGGUAAUGCCAUUUCCAUAUCUAAAUACUGUUAUUCACAAGCAGCAGCAAAGGAACUUCACUCUUUUAAAUGACUUGGUCAUGUAGCUGUCACACAUUUAACACUGGCAGGUCAUUUGUCUAAUGUUUCUUUAUCAAGCAUGAAAAGAAUGAUGUCAAAAAGAGAAAAAUUUAAACAUUAACAUAAUUGUAUUUUGGUAAUGGACAGCAGAUGUGACCCUAUUAUAGAACCUUUUUCUUGAUGAUAUGAGGCACUUUGUACAAUUUCUGGUUAUUUUUGUUUCAGAAAUGUGAUUUAUGACAGUUCUGUA